UAAGUUUAAAAAAAAACAUGACAAACAAUGUCAUUAGAAUUUCUCAUAAUGUCACAUCUUAUGAUACGGGUAAUAAACCGUAUAAACAUGAUUUUGCACGUGGUAAAUGGGCUACAAGAUGGGAUUUUUAUGCUGUAGCUUUAAGUCAUUGCUUUGGCUUUCGCCAUUUCCUAAUGCAUAUGGUGUUUUAUCGUGCAGGUGUCGUUCCCAUUAUUAUAUCUCAUAUAUUAGGAAUGGUUUUUUUUAUGUUACCAUUGUAUUUUACGCAAAUGUUCAUGGGUCAAUUUUCUAGUACCGGAAUCAUAUCUGUAUUCCGAAUUGCUCCUCUUUUCAAAGGUGUUGGUUAUAUCUCAUUAUUUUUAAAUUUAUUGUCGUGCAGUUAUUUUAUGGUAAUUGCCGCAUUUCCUUUAUAUAUUGUUUUUGCAUCAAUGCAAUCAAAUUUACCAUGGUCACAUUGCAGUAAUCAUUUCAAUUCAGAAUUAUGCGUUGUGAUAAAACCAGAAUCGGUCAACACUUCAUGGAGUUCUACUGACUUUUAUAAUGAAUAUUAUAAUAAGACCCUUCCAACACAUGAAUUUCUAAGCUUUAUAUUAAACGGAAACAAUGAAGAAAUGGAAGAAAGUUCUCGUCUCUCUUGGCGUAUUCUUUUGUGCACUCUAUUGAUUUGGAUUUUAAUUAGUGCGGUUCUUUUUAAAGGCAUUGAAACGUUUGGCAAAAUAUUUCGUUUUAUAACUGCUGCAAGUUUUAUUUGUAUGCUCUUGACAUUUUUACGAAUUUUAUGUGUUCCCGAAAGUUGGGAAGCAAUUGGAAAGUUUUUCACCUUAUCGUCAAGUUAUUCAAGAUAUUUACAUUAUAUUGUGGCAUCACCAAUCUUAGCUUUAUCUGUAUUUGGAGCAGGUUGGGGAAAUGUACUUACAAUUGCCAGCUAUAAUAAUUUCAAAGAAGAUAUUGGAAAAUUAUCAUUUAUAACAUGUUUUAUACAGAUAUUCACAUUUUUAAUAACAUGCAUUUGUUUUACAUCAAUUGAAACUUAUUUAGAAAAACAUUUUGGAUACAUGUAUUUCAACUAUAGUCAUUUUGAUGUUAUAUCGCUCCAGUUCGUAAUAUAUGCUCUGUAUUUUUCACAUUUAGGGUGGCCACAAUUUUGGACUAUUUUAUUUUUUGCAGUAAUAUUUUUAACACAAUUCGCUGAAGGGGCACUACAAAUGCUUACUAUUUUGACUGCAAUUUAUGACGAAUACGAAUUCACAAGAAUUUACAAAAAUAUCGUUUUAGGAGGAUUAGUUGGAUUUUUUGGCUUUAUAUCAAUUUUCUUUUGUUCAGCAGAUGGAUUUGGUGCUUUAAAAAUUUUGUAUCCGAUAGCUGGCGCCAAUAAAUUAGUUAUAAUACUAAUUGAGUUACUUGUUGUAUUGUGGAUAUACGGAAGGUUGCGUUUUCAGCGUGAUGUUAGGUUUAUGACUGGAAAGCCGAUGAAAAGCUGGAAAAUAUGGAUAAUGAGAUUUUUAACGCCAAUUGGAAUUUUAAUUGCAUUACUUUAUGCAACUGUAGAAUCGUUUAUGCAAGUGAGAUUUAUAAGUAGCCUAAGUUUAAUUGUAAUUUUUGUUUUCCUAUUUUUAAAAUUAACACCAUUAUUAUAUGUACCGGGUUAUAUGAUAUACAAAGUUUCAUCAGCAACAGGAACAAUUUUAGAAAGAAUAAGAAAACUUUGCGUUCCUAAUGAUUGGUAUCCUGUUGAUCCAAUUGAACGUCGCACUUACGCCGAUUAUACAGGGAGUACUGAUAUAAAUGAUUUAGUACAUGCAAAUGUACUCACCGAAUCUGUUCAUUUUUAAUAUUGAAAUUUUGUAGUGAUUGUGCACGUAAUUAAUUUAAUUUUGUGUUUUUGUUAUUGUUUGUACGUACAUAUGUAUACAAAUCUAUUUGUAUUGAGUUU